GGUUAAGUAACUGCUAUCAUCUUGGGAAGAGGAGUCCCCUAUUAAGGGACAGGUGGAGAGGCUGAACUGGGUUGGUGAUAUGCUGUGGGGAGAAAGGGGGUCAUUCUGAAGCUGUGUUGUGUGAGAAGGAGGGAUAUUUCAGUACUGCAUGAGAUGCAGCAGUGCAAACCUUUGAGAUAGAUAGUAUGGUGAGGGAUACUUUACUCCUACACUAAACAGACAGAUUAGAUGGAUUAGAGUGGGGGCAAUUCAUGACUUAUUUUUAAUGUCCCUGCUUUUUCCCUUGAGCAUGCAAGGCUAGGGCUUUCUAGCUGCUACAGAGUCUAGCACUUAAAGAAGAGAUUCAAAUGCACUUUAAAAAACGUCUGGGAGUGGGGCAAAACAUUAGAGUGAAGAAAUGCCACCUUCCCACACUAAAGGAGGGGGGACUCUAAGAAGCCACACCUGAACUCUUUGUCAGGCGUGGGGGAGGAGGUUCUUUCUGUUAGCACAACCCAGGAUCCCAUAGCCCACUAACCAGUUUUGUGAACUUCCCUCCCACCCUCCUUGGGUAAUUGGUACAUUCCCACUGUAACUUCAGGAGCAUAAAUAGAGGCAGCAGCAAGCUGCGGGAAAAAUUGUUUGCUAGGUAGGGGAAGGUGAAUCUGUUUGCUUGUCCAAGCACAAGCAGUUUUGCUGCUUGCAGCUGGUCGUGUGGAAGGUGUAUCAUGGAGCAGCUGGUGCAAACAGAAGUGUGGAAAGCGCAGACUUUACAGGAACUGAUCCAGAUCCUGCAUCGCUUAUUUUCUGGUGAUAAAGUCAGUGUAGAAGAAGUACAAGCCUUAAUGGAAUCGUAUGAGAGCAACCCUGUGGAGUGGAUGAAAUAUGCCCAAUUUGAUCAAUACAGGUACACAAGAAAUCUUGUGGAUAAAGGAAAUGGAAAGUUCAACUUGAUGAUCUUAUGCUGGGGUGAAGGACAUGGCAGCAGUAUUCAUGAUCACACUGACUCACAUUGCUUUAUGAAGAUCCUUCAGGGGAAUCUAAAAGAGACUCUGUUUGAGUGGCCUGGGAAAAAAGGGACUGGAGCGAUGACUAAGAAAUCAGAACGAGUUUUGGAGGAAAAUCAAUGUGCCUAUAUCAACGAAAAACAAAUCUUCCAUUCAACGUCUUCAGAACACCAGGAAAGAAAGUAUCAUUUGGGGAUGGCAGCUGACUCCAUUGGCCUGCACCGUGUGGAGAACACAAGCCACACAGAGUCUGCUGUUAGUCUGCACUUGUACAGCCCGCCCUUUGACAGCUGUAACACCUUUGAUCAAAGAACUGGACACAAGCAUAACGUCAAAAUGACAUUCUAUAGUCAGUUUGGAGAAAGGACUCCGGGUGCAACAGUAGUGUCACAAGAGAACAACUGAGAAGCACCCGAAUGAAUAUGUUAAGGCCUGCUGAAUGUUUGACCAGGGACAGAAGAAGUGUAUAGCUGAUGCUAGCUACAGCUGAAUAACCAGUACAUAGAAAUACAGUAGGGAGGCUUCCUGGCAAUAUAUAGUUAUGUUGAAUGAAUAUGGGACUCUAAGGUGACUAGUGCUAUAAGCUGCUGCAGGGGUUAGAUGCCUUUACAUAGGCUGUUGUAAAGUCAGAAUCAAGUACCUUGUUUUUCUGAUCCUAGCCUCUUUUAAAUUCCACUUUUUAAUCUGGAAUAUCAGUAGUAGGCUUUUUAAACACCAUUUGACACUAUUUAUAGGUCUUUUUAUAUGGUAUAUGUGCUCAGUGUAUUUAGUAAUGUAAACUUUGUAGCCUCAAGUCACCAUUUGUAAUGUAUUGGAUACUAGUAACAGCCGUUGUCUCUUUUUUUUUUUUUAUUAAGCCUUUUAUGUUUUAAUGCUCUGGAACAUUUUGGUAAUUGUGCAUUUUUUAUUUUAUUUUUUAAAAAUCUCAUUUGUCAGAUCUGUUUUUAAACAGGAGCAAUAAUGCGCUUCAUGUACAAUGAUGUUUGAAAAGUUAACUCAGUUGGGCAAAGGUCUAGGUUUUUAACCAGACUAAUUAUGUUUAGUAUGGCUAAUAUCCAGUUUCCAGAGUUCUGUUGUGUAGCUACUGAAUGCCUUUAGGGUAACCUAAAUAAAACUGGAUUUGAGCACAAA